CGCCCCCUCCUCCGCCCUCCCCUCCCCCUUUUCCUUCUACUCCUGCCUCGCUCUCCACUCCUGUCUCUCCUGCCUCUCCGACAGCUUCAGACGCCUUUACAGCCUCCCUUUCUUGGGCUCGGGCUCAAAGCGCCUCCACAAAGGCAAGCACUUGCGCGCGCCCCAGGCGCCCAGCACGCUCGCGUCGACUCGGGCUCCCCUGCCGCCGAGAGCAAAGAAAGACCGAGAGGAAGCGUCCGGGAGGCGAGGAAGAAGAAGAUCGGGCCUGCUUCUCCAACAUGCAACCCCCGGCUUCAGCGGCGGCGACCGCGUCAUCGCCAUCACCCUCAGACGCUGGCUUUGUCGAGGUCCUUCUGCGCUUCUCGGGCACGGUGCCGGGACAGCGCCCGUCUGGAGCAUCGGGGCACUUGCCGCCGGCGGAUUGUCGACUCCUAUUGCCAGCGGCGCAUGCCAAUACUCGGGUGAUUCUGGCGUGGCUGCGCGGUGGUGGACCUCCCCCAGGCGAAGUGCAUACGGCGCUUCAGGCAGCCGAGCUACUGGGCCAGUAUGAUACCCCACCCUCCGGGCUGGAGAGCUGUCACUUGCGGUUCAUCUUUGCUGGCGGAAUUCUGGGCCAACGAGCGGCUCUGUUGCCACUGGCUUGGCCGGCCCCGGCAGGCACCGAUGCUCGUAUCACACACUCGAUCACGCUGAUAUGCUCGAUCAGUGAGCGGCCGGCUGGGUCAAAUGAACGCGCGGCCCCGGCAAGUGAUGCAUCGGACAUUAAUCUUCCUGCCACGGGCUUCGAUCGGUUGCGAGUGAUUGCGGGGAUGUCGGAUCCGGAAAUCCAGGCACUCCGGCUGCUCUUCCACCAGGGUGCCGCCGCUUCAUUGAUGGAGCGCGAACAUCGAGCCGCGCUGGCAGCACCGGGCGCUCGACCGGGCCAUGGGGCCACGGCCACUGGCGCCCCCGCCGCCGGGCAUUAUGUCGCUUCGGAUGAGGCAACACGCAGGCGCUUGGAAGAUCUCUGGCUGGAUUCGUUGGUGGAAUCACGCGCCGGGGCCGCUGGCGCCGGGCGUACUGCAACUGGGCCAGAUGGCGUGGCAAUUCCGAUGGGUACAGAUGACGGGCCGCAGGCGGCCCCGACUGCCCCGGCCGGCGCGUUGAUCGGCAACCCCGACACUGAUCGCCCGGAGUCUGGCGCAUUCAUGGACCUGGCCCGGGGUCUGUUGCUUGGGUUCCUCCUCGGGCCGCUGGCCCUCUUCAUCAACUCGGCCGCGGGGGACAGCCUCCGGCAGAUUGUCAACCCCGCACGGCGGGUGUCGGUGCCCACCGGGCCCCGGUGGCGUUUGGGCCUGAUGUUCGGCCUCAGUGUCAAUGUCAUCCUCUCCAUGCUGAUCUUUGUGUAGAGUAAUAUAUUCCUUAGAUAUUCC